AUGGCACUAAGACAGUCGGAAAAAGAUAAAGUACUUCACAAUCGUAUUGAACCGCAGCGUAUGCUUCCAGAAGGGACGACGGUAUUUGUAAAGAGUGUUAUCGACAUCAAUGACAUCCAACUCGGUGUGCUAUGCAAUGAUGCACCGGAUAUAAGUGUUGAGGAGCUGAAGAGGCUACGUGUUUCUCUAAUUGAGAAGUAUUCCAUGGCGAAGACCAGUAUUGAGCAUUCGAUGAUUAGGUACAGUAGGGUGGUACAAGACUAUCAGGACUUGACCAAUCUAUUGAGUGAUUCCACGAUUUCGAAGAAACGUGAGGAGCUGACGACGAUCCUGUUCACUGCGAAGAAGUGUAUAAAUGAGCUUUCAAAGAAGAAGAAAGAGAUCGAAGAGAUCAACAACUACAUUGGUAAUUUCAGCGGAGAAGUGAAGGUUGAAUUCAAGGAGGACGAAUUAAUCAAACACUUUGGAGACUAUGCGGACAAAGUAAAGGAGUCACUGAUUCAGACAGGGACUGGUGACGAUGCUGUGUAUUCAUUGAAUGCGGAUGUUUCACGGCCAGUGCCAGAGCUCGUGCAGCUUCAGCAGCACCUUCAGCGUAGUGUUGAUGAGUAUACACUGUCUAUUAAGGCAUUGACCGAGAGCUAUAAGGAGAAGGUUGCCAAAUUCAACGCAAUCAAGAGGAUCAUGGGCAUAGAGGACGAGCCUAUGGCAGAUGCUGAUCAGCAGGUGGAUGACGUUGAACUUGUGGGUAUUAAUGAUGACGACGAACAAGUCAUUGAGUCUGGGUCAGAUCUUGACGAUGAGAAGGUAACAGAAACGUCUGGUGAAGGAGAUGAUGAUAUCGCUGGUGACAGUGACUAG